UUCUACACGCUCGGAAGGAUUUUUCCCCCCACUGUCGACGAAAUCAGAGGAAUUAACAAUGCAGGUGAUACCUAUUACUGUCACAACAUGUGCAAAUAAACGGCAAGUGUAGAAAUGGACUUGGCGGAAAUACUUCUUGCGUUGUUCAUCGUUGUGGUCGCGAUUGUGUCCUUGUUGUCCAACUUGCUGGUGCUGCUAUGUUUUGUCCACAGCACCGAGAUACGCCGACAGGUGCCUGGUAUCUUUACAAUGAACCUGUCUUUCUGCAACAUUCUCAUCACGGUUUUGAAUAUGCCAUCGACACUGGUGGGAAUUAUUAAAAACCAACAGCCUUUUGGGGAUUGCCUGUGCCACGCAGUGAGUUUCCUGGAGACUUUUCUCACCGCCAACACCAUGUUGAGCAUGGCUGCGCUGAGCAUUGACCGCUGGAUUGCCGUGGUCUUCCCGCUGAGUUACUCCACGAAGAUGCGCUACAGGGACGCGCUCGUCAUGGUGUGCUACGCGUGGCUUCACUCCCUCACGUUCUCUCUCGUCGCGCUACUCUUCUCCUGGGGAGAUUACAGCCACAUUUACGCAUCCUGCACUUUGCACCUCAGCGACGGGAACGACGAGAGCGCACGGAUAAAAUUCACUGUGUUCACAGUUGCUUUCCAUGCCAGCAGCUUCAUGCUCUCGCUUCUAAUCCUUUGUGUCACUUACUUAAAGGUGUUACAAGUUGCCCGAUUCCACUGCAAGCGGAUAGACAUCAUCACAAUGCAAACUCUCUUUCUACUUGUUGACAUUCACCCGAGUGUCAAGCAGCGCUGCCUGGUCGAACAAAAGAGGAGAAAACAGCGCGCCACGAAGAAAAUCAGCAUUUUCAUCGGAUCCUUCAUCAUCUGUUUCGCUCCAUAUGUGAUCACAAGGUUGACCGAGCUGUUGCCGUUUGUGGGCGUCAGCCGUCACUGGGGCAUCGUGAGCAAGUGCCUGACGUACAGCAAAGCGGCGUCGGACCCGUUCGCCUACUCCCUCCUGCGCCAGCAGUACCGCAAGGUGUUGGUGUCGGUGGCCAACCGGCUCCUGCGACGCGACCUCUACCCGUCGUCCGGCCCCAACAGCUCCCUGGACACGGAGAACGACUACUGUCUCCAGAGGAUCGGCUAAAGGAGCGGAGAGAGGAGAGAGGAGCCAGGAGCGCAGGGGAGGAGAGGUGUCCAUCUUGGAGCAAAGCAGAGGAGAGGAGAGGAGAG